AUGAAGGUCCUUCUACUCGCUGGCGACUUCAUCGAGGACUACGAGCUUUACGCUCCCCUCCAGGCGCUCGAGAUGCUCGGCAUCGAUGUCCACAUCGUCUGCCCAGACAAGAAGGUCGGCGAGGACAUCCAGACUGCCCUUCAUAUCCUUGAGCCUGGGCGCCAGACCUACUCCGAGAGGCCGGGUCACCCAUUUGACAUCACGCACGACUUCGCUGAGGAGACGAAGAGCUUGGACAAGUACGCCGGCCUGAUUGUUCCCGGCGGCCGCUUCCCCGAAUACCAGCGUUACAACAAGCGUGUUCUUGACGUUAUCCGUUUCUUCAUGGAGAAGAACAAGCCCGUUGCCGCCCUUUGCCACGGUCUGCAGUUGCUUGCGGCCGCCGGCGUGCUCAAGGGUCGCUCGUGCUCGGCGUUCCCGAUGUGCCAGCUUGACGUCGAAGCUGGCGGCGGCAAGUAUGUCGACUACGAGGCCUUCUCCAAGAACGCCUAUGUCGACAGCAACCUGGUGUCCGCCCCUGCUUACCCUGCGAUUGGCGUGUGGCUGAAGGAGUUCAUCAAGCUCCUGGGUGUCAAGGUCCAGGUGCCUUGA